GCCGAAAAGAGACGAACAUCGGGGCGAUGGACCGCUGCUGGACUCUGUGUGAGGAGUCGGGGUAAUAACUUUCUCAAACUGAGGACGAAACGUUUUGGAAAAUACCACGAACACUUUUGCUCCAACUUCGUCGGAGAGAGGUGGUGGAGUGGUUGUCAUGGUGGAUAAAAUGUCAAGUUUCCUGCACAUUGGGGAUGUUUGCUCCCUUUAUGCUGAAGGCUCUACCAGUGGCUUCAUAAGCACUUUGGGGUUGGUUGAUGACCGAUGUGUUGUCCAACCAGAUGCAGGGGACCUGAACAACCCACCCAAGAAGUUCAGGGACUGUCUGUUCAGACUGUGUCCCAUGAACAGAUAUUCUGCACAGAAACAGUUCUGGAAAGCUGCCAAACCUGGAGGAACCAGCACCACGGAGACUGUUCUGCUCAACAAACUCCAUGGAAUUACACUCGCUACUUCAGAAUAA